AUGUCUUUUGCAUCUUUUAUCCUUGCCGGCAUCAUCAUGAUGUUCGCCACCGGUGGUACUCCACCGCCGAUGGCCCAAGCUCAGAGUUUUACUAUACACACGAGAUUGACCAACACUAGCGGUUUCAUACACAAACUUCGUCACAAGUUAACUCGACCCCUUCAUCUUGAUCAAGGCAUAGUCUUCCCUUCUAUGCCAUCCGGCUUGGUCUACGUAAGUGCCCACUUCGGGACUCCUCCACUCACCAUCAACCUUGCCUUGGACACCCUCUUUCCAUUCACUUGGGUUCAGACAGUUGGUUGCCGUCGAUACUGCUUCAACCUUUCAUAUCCAUUUUCCAACUUUGACCCCAGAAAAUCCACCACUUUCCAACUUCUCCCUCCAAACAACACCACCAUCUGCUCACCACCCAUCGCUCAUCCAUCGCGUUCUGGUUCCUUGUGUGUUUACGACGCUGGUUAUAGCGGUGGCAUAUUUGGAAUCGACGAGUUCCAGUUGUUGUCGCCCUUCCCCUCCUCCUCUUCAACUAACCGAAUUGCAUUCGGCUGUGACCUCCAGUCCCAGGUGGACUUCAAUGGAGGGUGGGAUUUCAACCCUAUCGGAGGGAUGAUAGGGUUAGGCAAAGGGCACCCCUCCAGCAUUGUAAGCCAACUAGGCUCUGACCGUUACUCUUACUGCCUUCCCGGCUUUGCGCAGUCACAGUCCGGCCAGCCAACACUCAACUUCGGCUCUGACGCCAUUAUUGAUGCUAGUGCUACAAAUGUACAAACAACUCCACUAAUCUCAUCCACACUCUCCUCCGCCCCCGAGCAGUUCUACAAUUACCUCAAUAUGACUGCUGUAACCGUAAACGGAGAUGUUGUGUACAUGAUGCCGGAAAACAGCUCAGCAAACCUUGUCCUCUUGGACUCCGGAUCACCAGACUCCUGGUUGAUUGAGGACGCCAUUUUCAGUCUACAAGACAGCAUUGUUAAAUACUUUGCAGAGUCUUACGGUUGGAAACAUCCGAAGAUAGAAUCUGAAUCUGCUAGGGGGUACCCUUGUUGCUACGAUUUACCGUCUAAUCUGGCUAGCGUAGUUUUCCCAAAAGUUGCAAUACAGUUCCUGGGUGGAGCUAGCCUAGAGUUGCACAAUGCUUUUGAGAUCUUCGCAGCUGAGCAUGAGUUUUGCAUGGUCAUAAGGGAAGGUGCUCCAAACGUUAUAGGUGUUUACCAGCAGCUGGGUUAUAGAUUCUUGUUUGAUCAAGCUCAGUCCGAGCUCUCUUUUGCUCCAAACAUGUGUUAA